GAACCACGCUCAAUACCGACAGUAAUUACAAACCAAAAGCUAGAAGGCGGAACGAAGACCACCCCCUUGCCAGACUUUCCGGGGGAACUCGGCGCGCCGGCGUCGCGCGUCCGAGGACGUCACUUCCGCCCGGAAGACUCACCCUGGAAACAACUCCUGUCACUUGAGCAUCUCCGUGGCCAGCAUGGCCCUGCCGCCCUUCUUCGCCCCGGGCCGCCCGGGCCCGCCUCCUCCGCAGCAGCCGCCUCCUGCGCCGUUCGGCUGCCCGCCACCGCCGCUGCCUUCCCCGGCUUUCCCGCCGCCUCUGCCCCAGCGGCCCGGCCCUUUUCCGGGAGCCUCUGCCCCUUUCCUCCAGCCUCCCCUGGCUUUGCAGCCCCGGGGUCCCGGGGACAUCUCCCGCAGUGGCGGCGGCGGCAGCAGCAGCGGUGGCAGUGGUGCCUUCUACCCGGUGCCACCGCCGCCGCUCCCGCCGCCGCCGUCCCAGUGCCGGCCCUUCGCGGGCACCGAGGCCAGCGAGCGGCCGGGGCCACCGCCAGCAGGUCCGGGGCCGCCCUGGAGCCUGCGCUGGCCCGAGGCGCCGCCGCCGCCCGACGUGCUCGGGGACGUGGUGCUGCAGCGUCUGCGCGACCGGCAGUGGCUCGAGGCGGUGUUCGGGACCCCGCGGCGGACCAGCUGCCCGCUGCCCCAACGCUCGGCCCCCGGCCCCAGCCUCGGCGAAGUGCGCGGGAGGUUGCGCGGGGCUCUGCGCCUGGUGCGGCGGCUGCGGGAGCUGGGGCAAGCCCUGCGCGAGGCCGAAGCCGACGGCGCAGCCUGGGCCCUGCUGCACGUCCAGGCCGCGCCCCUGCGCGCCCAGCUAACCGAGCAGCUGCAACCGCUGACCCAGCCCGCCUACGUGGGUGAGGCGCUGCGGAGGCUGGAGAGGGUGAGGCGCCGCCGGCUGCGGCUUCGCGAGAAGACCCGGGAGCGCGAGGCCGAGCGGGAGGCCGAGGCCGCCCGAGCAGCGGAACGCGAGCAGGAGAUUGAUCGCUGGAGAGUCAAGUGCGUGCAGGAGGUGGAAGAGAAGAAGCGGGAGCAGGAACUCAAAGCUGCUGCUGAUGGCGUCUUAUCUGAAGUGAGGAAGAAACAAGCAGACACCAAGAGGAUGGUGGAUAUUCUCCGGGCUUUGGAAAAGCUGAGGAAACUGAGGAAGGAGGCCGCAGCCAGGAAAGGAGUGUGCCCGCCAGCCUCAGCAGAUGAGGCUUUUGAACAUCAUCUUCAGCGCCUGAGAAAACUCAUCAAGAAACGCUCUGAGCUCUAUGAGGCUGAAGAGAGAGCCCUCAGAGUUAUGCUGGAGGGAGAGCAAGAAGAAGAGAGGAAAAGAGAAUUGGAAAAGAAACAAAGGAAAGAAAAAGAGAAGAUUUUGCUUCAAAGACGUGAAAUUGAGUCCAAGUUGUUUGGGGAUCCGGACGAGUUCCCGCUGGCUCACCUGCUGCAGCCUUUCCGACAAUAUUACCUCCAGGCUGAGCACUCCCUCCCGGCUCUCAUCCGGAUCAGGCACGAUUGGGAUCAGUACUUGGUGCCGUCCGACCAUCCCAAAGGCCACUCUGUUCCCCAAGGAUGGGUCCUGCCCCCGCUCCCCAGCAACGACAUCUGGGCAACAGCCGUUAAGCUGCCCUAGUCAAGAUGCUCCAGGAGUGUGGUCCAGCCCUGGCUCAUUCCAGCUCUGGAUGCUUACUAAGCUUGCCAUCUUCUUAUGCCGUAGACUCAGCUGCAACUUCUGAAUCCCACGUGGCAUGGCCUUACAUGAAGUUCAGUUUCCCCUCUGUGCUCUGUCCUUGCCAGAGGUGCCUC